UUGGCAGGAAUAGCUUGGUGGGGGUUGGGGAUGAGCUUGCAGUGCGUGCGCCGCACCUCACGUUUGUGACGUGAGAAGGUUACGAAGAUGGUGGAAGUUUCCUCCUUGGAGUGAACUGGAGUGGAAACCAAAACAAAUCGGAAUAUACACGUUAAGGAACUAUAAAGCAUACGCCACACUUAAUAACAUCUCCUGGGACACGGGUUCAUUACCCAGUCCUGCGCUAUGGCCUGCGGUGGUUCCAGAUCAGACUCUGUAAAUGGGUUUACAAUGAAAGCACAGCUUCAGAUCACAGUACUUUCAGCCAAGCUGAAAGAAAACAAAAAGAACUGGUUUGGUCCCAGUCCUUAUGUGGAGGUUGUAGUGGAUGGGCAGUCGAAAAAAACUGAAAAAUGUAACAACACCCACAGCCCCAAAUGGAAACAGCCUCUCACUGUAAUUGUAACCCCGUUUAGUAAGCUGAACUUUAAAGUGUGGAGUCAUCAAACAUUAAAAUCCGAUGCUUUGUUAGGAAUAGCCAUGUUGGAUGUCUGUGAAACUCUGAAGUCCAACAAUAUGAAAAUUUCCGAGGUGGUCGAGACACUACAGCUCUGCAGCGACAAGGACCCAGCAGAGGUUGUUGGAGAUUUGUCUGUUUGUCUUGAUGGGAUGCAGGUCGAUCCAGAAAUGUUUGCAUCUGUGGAUAUCAGCACCCUAGCCCCAAGUACGAUGCAGAAUGGGGAUUCACAAAGAAACAGUGGUGUUUUUAGGAGAAGCAGAGACACUUCUCCCUCAGCUGAAAGCAUUGAAGACAUGGCUGCCACAAACGAUGGGGCAGUGAAUGGCACAGAUUCUCCAUCUCUCUCUGCAGGAGGUUCCAGACCUCUGCGCCCCCCCAGACCUUCUCGUCCUCCACCACCAACACCACGGAGACCAGCCUCAUCAGUCUCUACCAAUGGGACUUUGUCCAUCACACCUGAGAAUUUAUCUUCUAGUGAUCUUUCCAGCUCUGAACCUUCUGUAAGUCUUGUGGUGCCCUCCCCUGGGGGUCCUGAGUUACCACCACCUAGAUCUGCAUUACCUGACUAUGGGACGCCAGGUGCCGGACCGCCCAAGAACUCCACUGCCAGAGUCGGCCCAGUCAAUACAGGACCUCUCCCUCCUGGAUGGGAGCAGAGAGUAGACCAGAAUGGCCGUGUUUAUUUUGUAGAUCACAUUGAAAAGAGGACAACCUGGGAAAGGCCUGAGCCCCUCCCUCCUGGCUGGGAACGCCGUGUUGACCCUAUGGGUAGAAUAUAUUAUGUUGACCACAUCACCAGGUCAACAACCUGGCAGCGCCCUACAAUAGAGUCGGUGAGGAACUAUGAGCAGUGGCAGCUACAGCGGAACCAGCUGCAGGGAGCCAUGCAGCAGUUUAACCAGAGGUUUAUAGUUGGGCAGGAUCAAGUUUCACCUGCACCGAAUAAAGAAUUUGAUCCACUUGGGCCUUUACCACAUGGAUGGGAGAAAAGAACAGACACAAAUGGCAGAGUGUACUUCGUUCAUCACACCACCCGCAAAACCCAAUGGGAAGACCCACGAACCCAAGGCCUUCUGAAUGAUAAGCCAUUGCCAGAGGGUUGGGAGAUGAGGUUUACAGUUGACGGUAUUCCAUACUUUGUGGAUCACAAUAGAAGAACUACAACGUACAUGGAUCCUCGAACUGGAAAGUCAUCCCUAGAAAAUGGGCCGCAAAUUACAUAUGUACGAGACUUCAAAGCAAAGGUCCAGUACUUCAGAUUCUGGUGUCAGCAACUGUCGAUGCCUCAGCACAUAAAGAUCAGUGUAACAAGGAAAACACUAUUUGAAGAUUCAUUUCAACAGAUAAUGAGCUUUAAUGCACAGGAUCUUAGAAGACGACUCUGGAUUAUUUUUCCAGGAGAGGAGGGUCUAGACUAUGGAGGUGUGGCGAGGGAGUGGUUUUUCUUGCUGUCCCAUGAAGUGCUGAACCCCAUGUAUUGCUUAUUUGAAUAUGCUGGGAAGGACAACUACUGCCUGCAGAUCAACCCAGCCUCCUUCAUCAACCCUGAUCAUCUCAAAUACUUCAAGUUCAUCGGCAGGUUCAUUGCCAUGGCUUUGUUUCAUGGAAAGUUCAUCGAUACAGGAUUCUCCUUGCCUUUUUAUAAGUGCAUACUAAACAAGCCUGUGGGGCUGAAUGAUUUGGAAUCAAUAGACCCUGAGUUCUAUAACUCCCUAAUCUGGAUAAAGGAAAACAACAUUGAAGAGUGUGGCCUGGAAAUGUAUUUCUCUGUGGACAAAGAAAUUUUAGGCGAAGUCACGACCCAUGAACUGAAAGCAGAUGGCAGCAAUGUACUGGUUACAGAAGAAAAUAAAGAAGAGUAUAUCAAGCUUGUAGCAGAGUGGAGGUUGUCCAGAGGUGUGGAAGAGCAGACACAGGCUUUCUUUGAGGGCUUCAAUGAAGUUCUCCCACAGCAGUAUCUACAGUAUUUUGAUGCUAAGGAGCUAGAAGUGCUUCUCUGUGGAAUGCAGGAGAUUGACUUGGCUGACUGGCAGAGGAGUACAAUCUACCGUCACUAUGCCAGGAGCAGCAAACAAAUCAUUUGGUUCUGGCAGUUUGUUAAAGAGAUGGACAAUGAGAAGCGAAUGAGGCUGCUGCAGUUUGUCACGGGAACAUGUCGGCUACCAGUUGGAGGAUUUGCUGACCUGAUGGGGAGCAAUGGCCCUCAGAAAUUCUGCAUUGAGAAAGUGGGGAAAGAAAACUGGUUACCAAGAAGUCACACCUGCUUUAACCGUUUGGAUUUGCCACCGUACAAAAGCUAUGAACAGAUGAAAGAGAAAUUGAUGUUUGCAAUUGAAGAAACUGAAGGUUUUGGGCAAGAGUAGCUGCUCUGUACAUCCAUGCAGCGCCACAUCAUUUUAUUUUCUUGUUUGUAUUAUCUUUUUUUUUUUUUUUUUUGCUUUAGAAUUUGUGUGUGUGCGCUGCUAUCCUGAUUUUUUUCAGCAGUCCUGGCAUGUAAACUUACCUACACUCAAAUGAUUUCAAACAUCUUAGGAGUUUACCCUUUAGGUUCAAAAAAACAAAAAGCAUCAUGGCAUUGUUUGCACAAGCACAAUCGUGGGUUAAAUGGCAUUCGACAGAGAUGGCAGUGGGAGUGGAGUUAUAUUAAAAGCUUUCUAAAGCACAUGCCUGUACCGUUGUUAAAUAUACUUUAAGCAACAACAAAUAUGUGUUUUGGUUAUUCAGAUUAUGUCUUUGAUUCCCCAGCACUAUUCAUUUUUGUCAUUUUAAAUAACAAAUACAUAAUUUAGGGAACUCUGCAAGGAUAGGCAUGUUCUUAUUUUUACGUGUUCAUAUGUAAUAAACAUGGGAAACGAUUCUGUAACUAUAUCCCUCACAUAACACAGUUAAUACAUUUUCACAGUUUAUGCCAGAGUGAACAAAACCAAGGUACAUUUUACUACACAUACCCUGGCAUAAUUAAAGCUGCUCUAUAACAGCAUACAGUGUGUGUUAUAUCUCUCCAAGCUUGGCAUUGGUGAAAAAUGUACUUGAGCCAAGAGUGAUGUUCCCGUUUAGAAAAUCAUAUUUCUCUGAUAAAUGUCUUUAUCUCAUUAGGGCAUAAUUUGACUUGAACCAGUUAAAUCAUGCCUUUAUUGCUCGUGGAAAUAAAAUCUAAAUAAUUAAAAAAACAAGCACAAAAACGAAUGUGCAGCUGUGUCCCUAAGCCUUUUUUUAAUGGGGUACCAGUAAAGUGUGCACUCUAUUUGCUGUCUUUAGUGUUUAUAUAGUACUAGUUGACUGAACUGUUUCAGUACCAUGUUAAGAACUUUUGAAGAAUGGGCUUGCUAUAACUGGUGAAUUGUUUAACUAAAUUAAGGAUGCAUUUGUUUGAGGGUGCAUUUUGCUAAACUUUUAAAAAGUUCACUGCAAUACUACUGGAGCAAUCGGACAAUGUACAUUUAAAAAAUGUGAUUUUUUUUUUUUUGUUUUUUUUUUUAGAAAAAUUCUAGAAAUAACUGACACUGCAAUCUGAAGCUGACUGUCUCGAUUGUGUCUCUUUAGGGAAGGUGCUAAAGUAUAUUUGGUCUUCCUCUUCAAAAAAAAUAUAGAAAUGCUUGCUGAAAAUGUAGGCAUGCAAUUAAAAACCCUUUAGAGCCCUCAGUGCUACAUAUUUUGGGUAACAGCGUACUUAUAAAUACUAAACAUUUAGAUGUAGUAUUUCUUUCUACAUAGCCAAUUUCUGUUCUUCAGCAUGCAAAUUGUUUACUCUAAUGUGUAUUGCUGAAGUCUUACACCCAUCAGACUGCUGAGUUCCUAACAAGAUAUGCUUUGUAGCUUGCUUUUUUUGUGUAUGUCGGUUAAUAUUCUUUAUUAAAAUGUAAAAACAAUAUCUAAGAAAGGCUUUCUGCCCUAUAUUUUUAAAUAUAAUUAUUAAAAUAAAUCAGUAAGACGGCUGGAGCUCUAGUUUUAUAGGGCUCGGCUGUUGCGAGUUAUUUUUAUGGUCUGUGUUAAUUACGUUCCCUAAAAAAGCAAAGCUUGUAAAUAUUAGUUCUGUCUGUUGUAGUUUUGUUAUUUUGUAUCCCUGAGAUGUUGAAACAUGUCCCAGAAAAUGAAAGUCUACACUCCUUUAUUAACUUUGGAAAGGAAGGAGCUACACUUAUCAAGUAAUGGGGUCGGAGCCAUUUUGCACAUUUAUCCAGUUCCCCCAGAAAGUCCUGAAAACAUAUUUUUAGUCACCAUCCCAUUCAGUGAAUCCAUCAGAAUGACGUAGUCUACAUCUGUCUGCAUUGCUCCAUUUACUUCAUUGUCUAGCUCUUUUGCUAAUUUUAAUGUUUUUUGUUUUGAAACGUCUUACAUUUGCUAUAAAAUGGUAUGGCUAUUGGAGUUAUGUGUGUGCUUGUCAGAAGACUUAGACACUGGGAUAUCUGCUGUUGUUUUGUUUGUAUAAACUUUAUAUCAAUUAAAUACUCAGGUAGACUUUACAAUUCUUUCAACAGCUUUCAAAGGUCACUCAGGAACAACAUUAGAAGCUUGCUCUUUUCUUUUAAACUCUUACAAUAGGUUUUGGCCCCAGGCCACACUAACACUAGCACUGGUGGGUCCCUGUUUGUGGCACAGGAUACAGGGCCCAAACUUAAUUACUGCUGGUGAUGGAAGCCUUGUAUAGCUUUGACACUGCAGGUUUUGUGCUUGUUCUGUGCCACCAUUGUCCGUGUUGAUAACACAGCGAGGAGACCAAACAACUGGUUCAUCUCUUUUGUUUCUGCAUUUUACAAAUCUUUGAGCAGAAAAUAUGGAAAUACGUCUUUCUAUUUGAUAUUAGCAGUUUCCUUCCCAGUGCAAGCUGAUGAAGCCAUGUUAAUUUGCAGGCUUGCUUUCUGUACUGCAGAUCAGUGUUUGUAUGAAAAUCUGUAGCACUGUUUGUGUAAAUACCACAUUCAUUUUUGGAAUAGACCAUUGAAGCUGUUGAAAAACUUGUGCAAGUGUUACAAACACACUACAACUUUCUUUUAAACAAGAAAGAAUAGGUAUGAAUGUGAGCCCACUUUAAUAACUAUAUUAUACAGUUAGAAGACCUGGUUUUAAUCUAAUAAUGCUAGCUGAGGCGUAAAUGGUAAUUUGUCAUGUGAAAUAUGUUUGACUGCAAAUUUUAAAAGUAAACUUAUGUUCAUGGGUAUUAGUACAGAAAUAUUAUUUAUAAGGGAUAAAAUGACAUGAUUGAUCCAUUUUGAGCUUGUGUUUUUUUUUUAAUUAAAAAAAGAAAAAUGAUAAACUUGAUAAUAGAUGUCAUUGUACAUUUAAUUAUUUUGUAGAGUUUCAUAGCGUUUCGAAAUAGUUUUUAAAGCCACAUCAACAGAAUAUUUACUUUUGCAGCCAUUACAAGCCAGGAUGGAUGUGAUAGUGUUUUACACACAACACUGAUGGCUGGUAGUUUUUCUCUCCUUCUCCCUUAUUAAAAGGAUAAUCAGAACUAUCUGUUUCCCUUUUACAAUGUUUUCCUUCUGUACUCUUGCCCUUCUGUAAAACAAGCACUGAUGGGGUGAACUUUGCUAAUAUCCACUUAAAUUGCUGUGUGUCUACAAAUAGGGUAUUGCAAAAUGAAAAUUGCCUUUCCUUUUCGUCUUAUGUAUCACCUAUUCAAAGGAAAUCAACUAGAUUUGUAUGUAUAUGUAGCAAAUUGGAAAUUGCUAUAUAUAUAUAUAGCAAUCAGACUAAAAAUAAUUACAUUUACAUGAAACCUGGUUGAAGUGAAGACCUAAGGGAAAGGAAAGUAUAGAAUAUUCAGGAAUGUUUCAUUGCAAACUAAAAAUGUGGAUACCGUGUCUAAAUAUUCUUUUUCCUUUGAAAAUGUGAUAAACUUUCCCUGUGUGUAAAUGAAGGCUGUAAAUCAUGUUAAUAAUGAAUUCUGUGUAAUCUUUUCAUUUCGUAAAAUUUAACAUUUUAGUAAACUGGGGUAAUGGUUAAAAAAAUGCUAUUUAAGGAUACUUUAAAAAUGCUUUUGUUUUAUCUGUACAGUAAGAAAACUCGUGUAAAAAAUGUUUAAAUCUGUUUAGAAAUAUAAGAAAUAAAACUAAGGGUAAUA